AUGACGGGAAGAGCGGGAGAAGUCGUCGAUGUAUUGCACAGAAAGCAUAUAGAUGUGUGCUGCAUACAGGAGACUAGAUGGAAAGGAAAUGGGACCAGAAUGAUUGGCAAGACAAGCGAAAAGUAUAAAUUCUUUUGGCAAGGAGGUAAUGAUGGUAAGGCUGGAGUUGGGGUAAUGGUUGCGGUAGACAAAGUAGUCGAAGUGAGAAGGCUAUACAACCAGAUAAUGGUUAUCAAGAUGAUUUUUGGUAGAAAGCUAUAUAAUAUUAUCUCUGCAUAUGUUCCUCAGGUUGGAAGAAGUGAAGAAGAGAAAGAUAUAUUUUAG